UUGUUACUAUGGAACCUUUAAAAAUAUUCGAUAAUUUUAAAUUUAGUGAAUUAAACAAAGACUGGAUUCAAUCUGUGUGGGAUGGAGAAUUUAUGAUUUAUAAUGAACCACCUGAUGAGUAUCAAAUGUUUUUAGAGAGUGAGGACAUGAGAUUGCUUUUAAACGAAUCCUGUACUGUUGUAAAAGCUUGGCUAAAAAAAGGUGAAGAUCAGAAUAACUCUGAAAAUUAUGAUUCUAUAAUAUCUUGGAAUACAUUGAUUUCUAUGGAUAUAAAUGUACGUGCUUUAUUAGCUAUAUUGGGUUAUAUAAUAAAAAAUGGUCAAAGCAAAACAGCCAAUGAAGAAACAAGACAAUCAUGUUUAUAUGCGACUAAUUUAUAUUUUAUACUUUUGGCCAUUCCUGGUAGCUGUGCAUUCAGUGUAUUUCAUCCUACUUUAUAUCAACGAGCCAUAGAGACAAUAAAAAUAGGCUCUGAACAUUUACUGUCUCCUCUUAAGAAACAUAAUAAAACAAUAAGUUUAGAUGAUCUAAAUAUCACUGAACAAUCAAUGAAUGAAACCAUUAUUCUUUCACAAAGUGAAAAAGAAAUUCUCAUACAAAAUUUAAAUAUUAUAAUUUGCAGCUUUAUUUUGAUGAUAAAAUCAUUCUGGUUUAAAGAUCAUGUACAAUUACUAGAUAUUACCAUUCUUGGAUUAAUUGAAGUUACAAAGCUAGAGGAUAAUUAUAUAAUUGGUCAAUGUUUUAAUAAAAAAACAGGUUCUUUGAAUGUUUCAUUGCCACAAAAUUCUUAUGCAGCUUUGAAAGAAUUAUGCAAUAAUAAACAUGGACCAGUCAAAAUAACUAUAACCAUCAUAGCAAAAUACCUAUUACCAUGUUUGUUAUAUAGUCAUAUGGAUGCACAAACAAAAAUUAUUACAAAUAUUCGUAAGCAUACUAUAAAUUUUGUAAAAAAUUUAUUGGAUGAAUAUGAGGAAGAAGCCAAAACUGCAAUUUUAACAUUAAUACAACACAUAAUGUUGUUAUGUCCAGAUCGACUUGAAGCUAGACAAAAACAAGCUAAUGUGUUGCUAAAACUGUUUGAAAUAUGUAACCAGAAUAUUGCAUUAGAAGCCUUUAAAGAUUUAAUACUAUUGUCACAUCAUUCAAAGAUACCUUUUAGAUUAUUUGCUCAAGAAAUAAUUGGGAAAUUAUUACUUGAGUCCUUUUUGGUGAAUUGCAAUAUAACUGAUUGCUUAAAAGCUAAGGUAAAAAGAAUAUUCUUUGCAAUUGUAUUGACUAGAUGUAUGGAUUGUUCAAGUAUGGUAAGAGGAAAAGCCAUGGCUAUAAUUGCUGAAUUUACAGAAUCAAGCAAUGAAAGGGACAAAGAAAUAUUUUUAACUAUAUUUAAAAAAUCAGAUGUAAAUAAACAAUUUCUUACAUUUCAUGAUAUAAAGAAUUCUCUAUCUGAGGAUACUGAUUUAUUACCAGGAUCAAAUGCAUUAAUAACUAUGCUGGCAGAUAGAGUAGAGGAUGAAAGAGCAAUGGUAAGACGAAGCACAUUGCAAAUCUUAAAAAAUUUGAUUGUAAUGGUUCCAUUUCUAAUACAUGAAAUUGUACCUAUAAUUAGCCUCAGAUGCAGAGAUCCAGUAUUAAUCGUGCGGCGUUUUGCUGUACAAGUUCUAUCUCAACUUUUAGAACAAUUUCCAGAUAAUUCUCAACUCCUAAAUGAAUGGGUACAAACUGUUAUACCACAAAUAUUUGACAUUGAAAUUAAAGUACAAGAAAAGGUGCUAGGUUGUUUAGAAGAGUUAUUAUUAAAUAAAAUACAAAGUAUUUCUACAACUACUGAUACUAUUGCAGAUAAUUUGCCAUGGAAAAUUUUAAAUGCUGUAGCAAAUAUGAAAAUGAGAAGACAUUUAUCAAAAGCCUGUAGCUUAUGGAUUAAAAAUGGUGUUAUUACUAAUUCUAUAAUGAAAAAUAUACAAUCUCAUAUUGGAACAAAUAAUAACAUAGAAGCUUGGGUCUUUUUGGUUGCAUUGGCUGAAAAUACCGAGUUACCAAAUAUGAACAAAUAUUUUUCAAAUUAUGAGCAAAUUUUUCUAGAAAAUAAUUUUUACACAAGUUUAGUUCUGCAAGUUUUAAGAUGUUCUUGGAAGUCUUUAGAUUAUGAGAUUCUAGAAGAUCUUCAUACCUAUCUAUAUAAAUGCUUACAACAAUUCAAGAUUAAUUUUGGAUUAAUUAGCAUUUGUUUGGAUAUUAUACACAACAUAAUUCAUUAUUUAAAUCCUGAAAAAAAUAAUAAUUUGUUAGAAUCAAACAUGCUAAAUCUGGUAAGGAUUUCAGAGAUAGAAAUUGAAAAAAUUUUUAAAGGUGAAAACGAAGAUGUAGAGGCACCAUCCAAUUAUUUAAGAGCUAUGUUUACAUUAGGACAUGCAACAAUUUUAUGCAGCUGUAAAAUUUCACCAUUAACGCUACGGAUUUUGCAAGGGAUGUUAUUAGAAUGGGAAACACUACCAGAAGUUAUAAAACCAAUAGAAGAACUGCAAGCUUCAGCAGUUGUUAUUCUUGGACAGCAAGCAGUGAGAGAUCGCGAAAUUGCUAAAGAAGUAGUUCAGAUAUUUGGUAAAUUAAUGAGAGAAGAAACAAAUCUAGAUUCGAUUGUUCAAAUUGCUGUGAAAAUAAAUGCUGCAAAAGCUUUAGCUGAUAUUUGUGUUAGGUUCACUGCUUUCGUGGAACCAUACUUAUCAGAUAUGUGCGUAAGUAUGAAAAAUUCAACUCCACAAGUACGAGAGGCUAUUGUGGUGAUAUUUAUUCAACUUCUUCUGGAAGAUUACGUAAAAGUUAAGGGUCCUUUCUUUUUUCAUAUAUUAACAAUGUUGUCGGAUUCGGAUAAUAUGAUACGUGAAUUAACAAUUUUUCUCAUAGAAGAACGGCUUUUAACAAAGAAUAAGUCACUAAUAUCACAACAAUUUCUACAGAGCAUAUAUCAUUAUAAUAAUUAUCAAUCUCAACAUAAAAUUUAUCACUAUAAAAUGUGUGAGAAAGAAAAGAAGGCUUUAACACUUCCUGGAAGAAGAAAUGAAAAGAAACGGAGAAUAAUUUACGAUUUCAUGCUGGAUCAUUUAGAUCCUCCAGGAAAGAUGAAAUUGCUUGUAAAAGUAACUAGUCAAAUACUUGAUGGAACUUGUGUUGAUUUGAUCGACAUUAAAAAAGAAGAAGGAGCGGGUGUAUUAAAGGAUGCAUUGUAUAUAAUAAGUCACGAGCGUCUACGACCAUCAUCUUUUAACAGACAAGGUGAUGAUGACCAACAAGAGGAUGAAGAAUGUAGAACUCAAACAAAUGUUCCAACUUCUAAUGCUAUUAGCAUUAUUAUUGAAGGAAUUAAAAAAUAUGGUUUAGAUGUUCUAUUGCCUAGAUUAAUAAAACUUAGAAUAAAAUUAUCUACUCUAAAAUCACCAUUAGAAAAUGUUGUAAAAAAGAUUCUAGUUAAAACAUAUUCUGAAUAUAACAAAGACCAACUAUUAAACAUAGUAACCGAAUAUCCUGAAUUGGAAAAAGAAGUGGAGCAGUUUAAAAAACAGAUGGAAGACAUUACAGUUGAUGAUGAGAAUUUUACUGAAGAAGAAAAUUCUGCAUCAGAAAUUAAUAAUCAAAGUGCGUUUAAUAAAAAUUUAGAUUUAAUGAUGUGUAACUUACAACCUAAAAUUGUAUUAGAGCGUCUUUCGGUUCCGCAAUUGUUAAAUUCUAAUUCACCAAUCAGAGCUUUAGAUAGUUUGAAUUCUCCAAUAUAUUCAAACUCAAUUUUAUGUUCACCUUCACAACCUGGUCCUAGUACAAGUACACCUACAUGUUUUAAUUUUGAAUCUAAUGGCACUGCAGGUCGUGCUUCAAAAGUUAGAAGACUUUCUAGUUUCUUUCAAAAUGAAAAUGAGCUAUUUGAUCACGAAAUAAGAGAAAGAAAUAUUUCCCAGGUUCAAGAUGAUAGUGAGUCUGAUUAGGAUAAGUAAGACAAGUUAUUUCUGUUUCUUUAUUUUUAUUUAUGAUGCACUGUGUAAAAACGUAGGAAAAAUUAAACCUACCUCUCAAUUUUCGUUGAAUACGAAAUGACGUUUGUGAAAUAGUAUACAUUCGACUUUCCAAUUCUUUUUGUAUAUCUGAAACAUACAAAUUGUUAAUUAGUAUUUAAGUACAACAUUUGGUACUUUGUUCUUACCUUUAUUAGUGUAUGAUAAAACAUUAUUAUGUAAAUCCUUUACAAUAGCGGUAUUGGCAGCAAUAAGUUGAAUUAAGUCUCGAACUUCCUCAACCUAUAUUAUUAAUAUUAUUUGUAUAUCUACUACUAAUAUAAAAAUCUGUGAUAUUUAAAUCAUAUCUUAAAUAUUCAUAUAUAUUUAUAUAUACGUACUUGAUCUAAUACUUCCUUCAAUUUUUUAUUUUGGGACAUUUGUAUGCGUACAUCUUGUAAAAAUCCUUUACCAAACAUAGUACUACUAUUUUGAUACUAAAGAGAAGUGGUAAGAAACAGUAUAUUAUAUAUCAAUUUUUUACAGUGAGAGACAAUAUUUAGAAAGCCGAUGACAAAUAUUAUUAUAAUAGAUAUUAUUACUUAUGUUAUUUGUUAUUAAUAUAAUACUUUACACGUAAUUUUAUUCAAAUUUUAAUGUCAUAAUGUAAGUGAUAAAGUUCAAAUUUGAAUCUAUAGAAUGGUAAAACACUAACGGCACGUAACUCCGGCAUUCGAUCGCGGACCAUGAUAGAUAUUGUUUGAGAAUCAGCGUAUAACUGAUAAUUUCAUAAAUUAAACACAUAAAAUAUGUUUUUUAUCUAUCUUAUCAGUGCAGUAGAGAUAAUUGAUAAAAUCCAUCGUGCCGUUGACAUUACUAUUUAUAAUUGAUUGUGUAUAAUUUACGAAAAUCAGUUAAAUAUAUUUGUAAGUGGUUUUAUUUUCUGUACGACUCGACUCGCUUCACAGUUACACUGCAUUACUUAGAAGAUGCUUUGCAUCUGAAAUGAAAUAGGAAAUAGGCACUUAGCAUCUGGACUACAAGGACAGCAUUGACAUGAAUUAUAAACCUUUGACUUGUUCUUUUAUACACUUUUUUGUAUAUUAUAAUAAUAGCAAUAGUCCUUUUUUAAAACUACGAUGCUUCCUUCUUUGCAUAAACAAUAGUUGUAUUUAUAUCAAGGAGAAAUUAUCACUUGUCAACUAUCAAUAUAAUCACACCCUAUUAAAAGUUAUUACUUAAAAAUAUAUUUCGAAAAAAUGAUUUAUCUUUAAUUGCAAUUUGGUAAUAAAAGGUACAGUUAGAAUGUAAAGUUGAAUUUCUGUGAUACUAAAUGAAGAGAAAAAGAAAAGUUUAAUAUUUAUAUGUAAUUAUAAAGGAAGGAUAGUGGUUAAUGAAAGUAUUUUCUGUAUUAUUUUAAAUUUACGGACUAAACAUUUUCUGCUUUUCGUUCAAUAAAUUGCUAUAAAUAAACAUAACACUUUGGGAAAACAGUAAA